GGCGCCAUGAGCGUGCUGAUCCGCAACGCGCAGCGCACCGUUCCUCUGCGCCGGGUUCCGCUCCGUCGCGCCGUCUGUGCGUUGCGGGCCGCCCUGGGCGUCGCACGCUUCGACGUGGCGCUAGUCUGCGCCGGCGAUGGGCUGAUGAGGCGACUGAACGGCGCGUACCGCCGGCGCCCCGAGCCCACCGACGUGCUGUCCUUCCCCUAUCACCGGGUAUCGCCGGGCGAGCUCCCGCGGCCGCGCAGCCGCGACGAGUACAACCUCGGGGACAUCUUCCUGGGGGUGGAGUUCAUCCAGCGGCAGUGCCGCCGCGCCGGGGAGGACUUCGAGAGUGUGCUGACGGUGACUGCAGCCCAUGGAUUGUGUCACUUGCUUGGCUACCAGCACAACACAAAGGCAGAAUGGCAACAGAUGUACCAGAAGGAAGAGGAAAUCCUGGAGGAGCUGAACCGGCUCACAGGCACCAGCCUCCAGCCCCUCACUGCUGGCCUCUUCUGAGGGAGUGUCUGAGCCACCAGCAGGCCAACCUGGACAUGGCAGCACACCACCCUGGCCUCCUCAUGCUACUGCUGCUGGUUCUGGCCACCCUGGCCUUCCUACCGCC